AUGAAAAGAAGGUUAUCUAAUGAAGAAGAUGACCAAAUGAACGAACCAAUUCGCACCAUAGCAGCCACAAACGAAAUCAACGGCCGCAAGAAAGCCAGAUCAAGCUUCAACAGUGAAGCUCUCAUGGGAGAAAGAGCCAGCCAAAAUUGGGAACUUCGGUUCCCACGAAGAGAUGAGAACAUGGCUGGAAGGCAUAACGGCCAAUUCACUGCUCAAAAGUCAGCUCAAGGAAGCAGACCAUCUCUUAAGCGGGGCAAAACCGUCAGUUCACUAUUCCUAAGCUACAGUCUAUGA